ACUCAUGUUCGUGUAGUAAUUCUCAGUUGUUUAAUUAAAAUUGUACUAUCCUUAUUUUGAAUUUUUGAAUUAAUCAAAUUAUUAAAAAGCAAUAAGCGUUAGAAUUAUGUUCCUAUUGUAUGUUGGUGGUAAGCUCUCAAAAAACAUGACCGAACAAGUAGAAGUUAAAGAAAAUCUAUUAACAAAUGAUCAUGAUACACCAGAAAGAGUGGUUAAGCCUUCUACAUCAAUUCCAAGAUAUCAACACAAAUCAGAUAGCCAGACCAACAGUCCGAUGUUUUUACGCCCAUCAUUAUUGCCAUCUUCCUCAUCAUUUGCUUUUGAGAUAGGUCAAAGAAAACCGGAUACUCCGAGACCUACUUCUAAGUCAUUCUGUUUAAAUCCAUCUAGAUUAAGUUUAAACACAUCCACAUCCACUCCAAAAACUUCAAGUUCUUCCAAUCAAAAUGAUACAGAAACAGAAGAAACACAGUCUAAAAAAGAGGUGCCUAUUCCAUCACCUCCAGCUGUAUUUGGUGCUGUUAUUACCAAAAAUCGCACACAAAAACCUGAUGAAAUUUCAUUAGCUAGUGGUUUUAUAUUUGGUCAAAAUCUUCAUGAACGUGUAGAAUUAAAUAAAGAAGCUGAUUCAACUUCAGAAGAUGAUAAGAAACCUAACGAUACUCAAGAAGCUGAAGUUUCAUCAUCUUCAAAUGUUAUAUCUCCUUCAUUUGGAAAUCUUAAAAAUGACGAACCUAACGAAAAUGGCAGACUAGAUGAAACUGUAGAAGAAUCUAAAAGAAGAUUGGUGGAAGCUGCUAAAGAAUAUGAAGAAUCACGUGCAACGAAACGAAAGUAUGAAGAAGUUGAUUGUAUGACUGGAGAGGAAAAUGAUGUAAACGUAUUUCAGCUAAAUAUAUGUAAACUAUAUGUAUAUGAUAAUGCUAAAUCCAACUGGGUGGAAAAAGGACGUGGACAACUACGUGUAAAUGAUAUGGACGGAGGGCAGUCGUCAAGAGUAGUUAUGCGAAGUAAUGGAAACCUUAAAGUUAUUUUGAACACUAAGAUUUGGGCAGACAUGAAAGUUGAAAAAGUUAGUGAAAAAAGUGUUAGGCUCACUGCAUUUGAAGAAGAUUCAAUUAAAGUGUUUCUUGUUCUUGGGCCUGCUAAAAGUAUUGAUGAAUUUAUACAUGUAUUACUGACGCGUGUAGAAAGACAUAAAGAAGCGGAUAGAAAAAGGAAUCCUACUUCCAGCAAAGAUGAAGAUUCAUUAGAGGGUACACUUGUCUAAUAUGCUGAUAAUAUUAUUUUUAUCAUAAAAAUCAAUAUAAAUAAUAUUUAUGGUGAAAAAUAUUUUAUUUCAGUUUUUUCCACAAAAUAUAAUAUGUUGUAUUUAUAUAAUUAUAUUUAAGAAUAAUCCAUUUAUAAGCAAUCAUAAAUUUCGUAUACCAGAAAAAAAUACAUUAAAAGUAUUGUUAAUGAC